AUGGCUUCCACGUCUUGUAUCUGCCAGCAGACUUUGUACCUUCACAAGCAUCAUUUGCACAACGUUUUGUAUUUUCUGAUGAUGAUCAGGCUCCUUGAUCCAUAUUUGAACUUGGUCAACACGGAUCGCACACACUUUAGAUAUCCAGCAGUUAUUCUUUCUGAGAGUCAAGAAGGACCAAAUCCCACAGCUAGUCAAACAUUAACGCAAACACCAGACGCAGAGAUUUUAAAGGCAAAGCAGGUCGCGCAAAAUCCAUCAGGCCUCUUGAUUGUCACAUUUCCGCCACAAUUACACGUUCGUUUCCCAGGGUUUGUUGUAACAAUUGCGACCCCUUCAACUGUCUCACUCUGGGUUGAUGCGCUUCAGCCAUGGUACAAGUUCUGCAGACGUAAACGACUUGUCUCAUCUGAGCGACAACCUCAUAAAUCUGCAAAUAUCCCACUGUUCCUGAACCGAGGAACCUCGGUAGACCAGAAUUUGGCGGGCAGACAAGGGCAUAUAUGCCAAUUUCGCCUCCUCAAGGAACUUAUUCGAAACCGUAGGCCAAUGAUAUAUCAGUCGGUGCUCGAUGUUGCUCUUCGGCAGAUGAUGCGGUGCAACAGAGUGGCACAGAUCACACAGAAACACCGUCGCUUUUCCCGUUUCUCGCAUGUUGUUUUCAUGUUUGCCAAGUGUCUCGCAGUCAGUGAAAAACGUUCUAUCCAGUCACGGCUGCGAAUCCACUUGGAUAAGACCUCAUUCAGGUCGUCUGGUGUUCGGAUGACAACCGAGCAGAAAGAUCUACCCCAUCCAAUCCAAUUUACCCCAAUCAACAAUCUUUUGGCCUCGCGGAAGAUGUCCAGGGCCGACGUGGAUGAUUGGGCCCUCUCCAGUCCUCCUCCACCUCCAUGGAGAAUGGGCUGGCCAGUGGAGGAUAUCGAAACCGAAUUUUCACCUCCCAGAAAACCUCUUCAAAGACCUGUCCUUGGUUCUUCAAUGCAUAAUCCCCUAAAAUGUAACGAGGAUUCUCCGAUAACUAUGACUCAAGUCCACUCCGUACUCCCAACGCUUGUACCGGAGAAGUUACAUUGGGCCAAUAAUUGGAUCCAUGGCCCUAGUAAAGACCCAGGUGCUACAAUCGAUGUUCUCGUCGACUCCAUGCGGGAACUCUCUGCGGAUGUACUGGCUUUCGUAAAAGCCCGAAUUCACGGUCCAUUCACAACAGGCCAGGCGGAAGAGGUUCUGCCCAACCUCAGCUCACCAGCGAAGAUUGGUUCAUUGGAUUAUCGGGCAUAA